AAUCUAUUUGUCCUUGGCCGUUGAACAGAGAGGAAACUGCAUUUAUGUCAGCUGAUUUCUCUUGGGUGUAAGAUUUUGCCUAUAGCAUUUAAGUGUGAUAAAAUUAAAUCAGGCCAUGAGCCCAUCUGAAUCUGUUUUGGAUCAUUGUUAUGAAAGUGGUUGGCAAUGAGUUCAAACACUGUGGUUUCAUAGUUUUUUUCAAUAAAGUAAUGUUUUAUGAGUAAGACCUGACAGCAACAGCUCACGUCACAGUAUGAAGAUCUGAAUCUGAAUAACCUCAGAAAAUGUUGCGAGGUAAUCUUUGUACACAGUUGCCUGGACUCAGGCUGGGUUAACUGUGUACACAGUCACUAACUGGUGCAAUGACAGCACAUAGUCCCACAUGUAGUGUGAGUCAUUGGUCCAGGAGCAGAUGUUUUCAUAGUGAAACACAGAGAAACUGCCCUGGGGCCCCAGACCCCUAGCAACCCCAAAAGCCAGAGGUUCACUGCUUGUCAUUUGUUUUUUUAGAUAUUUGAUUAAUUACAAAUUUAUUAGGGGUUUGCACCACUAAAACGCAGUAUCAGCUAAGAGAGGUCCUGCAUUGUAACCCUGUAUUUAGAAGGGCUCCAUUUCAAAAUCACAUUUUUGUCCCCAAGGCCCCCUAACUGGAUAUUUCAGCAAUGCUAUUGGUUUUUGCAAAGGAUAAAGAUGCAUUAAAAAUAAUGAACGAAAACUAUUAAAAAUCAAUUUGAAUAGAAAAAUGAAAUGUUAUUAAAUAAAAUAGUGAACCUCAAAAGCCCGGGUUUACCACCUGUCAAUUAGUUGUGGUAAUUUGAAUUUUUGUACAUUGGAUACAAUAUUUUGCACCACUAAAAUAACUGGUUAAUCUGGCUUUAAGACUAUCACAUGAAUUGGGUCACUGUCUGUAUCCUGGAAGGUCAUGUAAGUAAUACUAGGUUGUGGUCUUUUAAAAUCAAUGAUCAUGUCUUUAAUCUCUUGAUUUUUUCAGAGAUAAAACUCAUUAACAGUUACACCAAGACACAAAAUCAUCGCAGACUGGUCCAUGUUUAGACCAAUCAUUAUCAUUUAAAGGAAUAGUUUGACAUUUAGAGAAAUAUGCUUAUUCACUGUCUUGCCGAGAGUUAGAGGAGAAGAUUGAUACCAGUCUCAUGUACACUAAAAUGAAGCUAUCUCCAGCAUUCAGUUAGCUUAGCGUAGCUUAGCUUAGCUUAGCUUAGCAUAAAGUCUGAAAGCAGGAGGAAACAGCUAGCCUGGCUCUGUCCAAAGGUAACAAAGUUUGUCUAUCAGGACCUCUGAAGCUCACCAGUCAACAUGUUAUAUCUCAUUUGUUUAACCCCCAGUGGCUUCAUGUUCAUUAAAUGCUACAAUAAAACCUAAACAGUAGUAGAGCUAAAAUGUGUAGUUUGCCCUGAAGGUAGCACUUGAGGAAACAUCAUUAAAUAGAAAAGGGUCCUUGCCUCUUCCUUGAUAAUGUAGCACAGAGAAAGGUCAGAGGGUCAGAAAAACACAAAUCAACAUUAAGAUUCACCCAAAUCCAUGGAUAUCCACAGCAAAUGUCAGGGAAAUUCACGGACAUUUCUUUUCAUACCUUGUCAUGGAGUGGAGAAUUCAUCAAGGGUAUAAUUUUUAGGAAAAUUGAGGAAAUUGUCCUCUAGUCACACAAAUCCAACCAGCUGUUUUUGGCAAUCUUACCAUAUGUCAUGCUGUCAUACUCUGGAUUAAAGAGCUGAACCAAUCCAUAAGACCCAGUGCUGGGGGUCAGACCUAUAAAACAAAUUAUGUAUCUAAAAGCAACAUUGAUGGUCAGCAACAUAAAGCAGAGCUACAUUUCAGGCACCAGCUGGAUCAGGAAAACUGAGAAAACUGCCAGAGUUUAUAGUUUUGGUAAUGGCUGACAAAACUUGACUGUAGCUGUAUAAUUCACUAUUUGCAGAUGUGACCACAUGUUCUAAAUCUGUAAACCUGAAACACAGCUAGUGUGACAGGAAUGUCUGCAUGUAUGUGGAUGUAAACCACAAAAAUCUGCCACAAGCUGAGAUACAGACACAACUCACAUUUUCAGGAAUGUGUUAAAAUGCUGGAUUUUUUUCUCUCUCAUCUUUUUAUUGAUGUUCUGAUCUUUAACAAUCAUAAUGUGCUGUCCAAACUAAAGUACAAACAGAAACAUGAUUUCCACCUCUACAACUUUUACAAAACUCACAUUUGUAUUUUUAAUUUUGUUUGAUUUGUUUUUAAUCUUAAUCUAUUAAUCUUUUUGUAGCCUUUUUUCACAGCAAAUAUUUAGUUUACUUGUUAUAGGAAAUAGGAAAAGCAAAAGCACAGGUGUUACUAAUAACGUUAACAAUUGCUCUGUUCUUUUCAAGAGUGACAGUGAACCAACGUUUACAACACCAGGACCCUGAAAGUGAAGCAGCUAAAUGGAAUUCAGCCAUCAUUCAUUUUAUUAUUUACACCUGUGAUUUUCCUGCUGCCACAUGUCAAAAUGCCCUCUGUUAAAAAAAGCCUGUCAUUGAACAGUCAGCACCUAGACUUUGAGGCGUGGAGUUUGAAACACCGCCAUGCUACUGAUUGCUACAAGAUAUGGACACUGACUUACAGUGUCUACAGAUCAAACUGUUAACUAUUUGUACAGGGUUUCAAACAGCGUAGACUGUCUGGAAGAAUCAACCUUUGAAACACCACUGACAUGUUAUCCCCUUAUAAAGUUGUUAUGGAGAACUUGUUAGCAAACUGUGGUAUAUUUGCACAUCUGGCAGACACGGAACAAUAUUAGCAUUGAUUUGUUGUUGUGUUUCUGGUGGGUGAUUGAAUGUAAGAUCAAUAUCCACUCCAUCUGGCUCUUUGGCUGCCAAAUGUUGCUAAAUGAUUUAGCUAAAGCUUUACGUUCACCAGCUAGACACCAACUUGGUCUGUCUGUGGCAGGUGUAGGAGAGUACUGUCUCCCUACAUACUCCCAGUGCUUCACUUCAGAGCUCUUCCAGUCUCUCCGGCAAAACUCCUGCACUUCUUACCCUGCUGCACACCCUGCUGCCUCACACGCCUGCCAGGUCGACCCUCAACACUGAAGAGCAAACACCGGUCCAAAGAGCAGGAUGCAGCGUUUCAGGGAAGGCAUUCACAUACGCACCAUGAAGGCGAAGAGGAAAGUGGAGGAGAUCUCAAAAGAGGACAUCCAGGCUUUCCUCAAGAAGAAUGCCUUUGUGCUCUUCACGGUUGGGGCAGUUGUUGUAGGUAUUGUUCUGGGAUUUGCGUUGCGUCCCUAUAAGAUGACCUAUCGAGAAGUGAAGUAUUUCUCUUUCCCUGGAGAGCUGUUGAUGAGAAUGCUUCAGAUGCUUGUUCUGCCCUUACUGAUCUCCAGUCUAAUAACAGGAAUGGCAGCUUUGGACAGCAAAGCCUCAGGAAAGAUGGGCAUGAGAGCUGUGAUUUACUACAUGACCACAACCUUUAUCGCAGUCUUCAUCGGUAUCAUAAUCGUCCUCAUCAUUCACCCGGGAAAAGGAUCUAAAGAUGAGUUUGGAAAGCAGCAGACGAUAGAGCAAGUCAGUCCUGCCGAUGCCUUCUUAGAUCUGAUCAGAAAUAUGUUUCCACCAAAUUUGGUCCAAGCCUGCACACAGCAGUUCAAAACCAAAUAUGGAAAGCGAGCAGUCCAUGUGACCGUGACAGUGAAUGACACCCUCUUCAACUCGACCAAUGGCACCCAGGAAUUCAUGGAGAUCACCCGGGAGGAGGUGAUACCAGUGCCAGGUCAGGUGAAUGGGGUCAACGCCCUCGGGCUGGUGGUCUUCUCUAUGUUCUUCGGUCUAAUUAUUGGCAACAUGAAGGAGCAGGGCCAGCUCCUGAGGGAUUUCUUCGACAGCCUCAAUGAAGCAAUCAUGCGCCUGGUUGCCAUCAUCAUGUGGUAUGCUCCCAUUGGUAUCCUGUUCCUAAUUGCGGGAAAGAUUGUGGAGAUGGAUGAUCUGACACAGAUGGGUGGCCAGCUGGGCAUGUAUACCAUCACAGUUAUCGUUGGCUUGUUGAUCCAUGGCGUUGUUAUUCUCCCCACCCUGUAUUUUGUUAUCACUCGGCAGAACCCCUUUAUCUUCAUUGGUGGGCUUCUGCAAGCCCUGGUAACAGCCCUGGGGACCUCCUCCAGCUCAGCCACCCUACCUGUCACUUUUAAAUGUCUGGAGGAGAACAACAGAAUUGAUAAGCGAGUCACUCGUUUUGUGCUGCCUGUGGGUGCCACCAUCAACAUGGACGGAACAGCUCUGUAUGAAGCGCUGGCAGCCAUCUUCAUUGCCCAGGUCAAUAACAUGGAGAUGAACUUUGGUCAGAUUAUCACCAUCAGUAUUACAGCAACUGCAGCUAGUAUUGGAGCUGCUGGCAUCCCUCAGGCAGGCCUGGUUACCAUGGUGAUUGUACUGACCUCUGUUGGACUUCCUACUGAUGACAUCACUCUCAUCAUUGCAGUUGAUUGGUUCCUGGACCGUCUGCGCACCACGACCAACGUUUUGGGGGAUUCGAUCGGAGCAGGCAUCGUGGACUUCCUGUCUCGACACGAGCUCCGCAGCAAAGACGUGGAGAUGGGAAACUCUGUGCUGGAGGAGAAGGAGAGGAAGAAACCUUAUAAGCUCAUCUCACAGGAUAGUGAUUUUGAAAAUGACAAACGUGCUCACAGUGAAUCUAACAUGUAGUUUCAUCUUCAGCACCAGCUACAUCUGCUAACACACACAAACACUCACAGCUGGCACUGUUCUGGGGAAUUCUUUAUGUGAGAUGUUGUUGUCAAUUAUCAUUGUCAGUAUUUCAUACACGUGGAAUUUGUUGAUAUUCUUUAUCGUCAUGUCCCAGAAGUGAUGAGUUUCUUACAUUCCUCUUCCAUACAAAAUGACAAAGAUCACAUGCUUUUAAUAUACGCAUCUGUCACUUGUUUCAAAUAGGACUGGUAGUUUUUGUUUUGUAUUUUUACUACUUUAAUGAAUAUUCUGACAUGUAACUUCAUAUUACCCUCAUGUAAGAAUGAGGUAGUUUUCGAUGCGUGCUGACUGGAGGAUUUAAAAACUGAAGUGAGUGAUUUGAGCAGUCAUGUAGGCGUGAUGAGGAAACUGACUGCUGUUGAAGAUAUCAACAGGACAUGAUUAACUCUACUUAAAUUGAAAUUUUAAUUGCAGAGUUAUAUUUCUAUAUAAUCCCCAACAAUAGUUGGUUAAUAUUAUGUGUUGGUAUUACAGGCAUAUUAGACAUUUUAGGAUUUUUAUGUUUCAGUUGAACAGACGUCACAUCUCACACAUCUAGCACUGCAAAUGCAUGUGUGCACAACCACAUUUUAACUGUGUGUGACUGCUGAAUUUUUUACCAAUAUUGCUCAUUUAGAUAUGAGACACGUGAAUAUUGUAUGAUGAAUACACAUUAAAGUCUCCGAUUUCAUUAUGACGAUGUGAAACAGAUAUUCAAGCCUGGACUGAAAUUCAAUCACUUUUUGUGAAAACGGUUAUAUUAGUUUUUGUUUAUUAUAACUUCAGUGAAAUAAACAGA